AGGUGCGCUCCGCUGGGACAGAGGAAGGAUAAAGAGACUGGGAGGGAGGGAAUGAGAUUUCUUGGUACCCAAUCCCCCUUUUCCCCUGGGAGAGCAAAUCUUCCAUGGUCCGUCCCUCCCUCUUGUUUGGUAAUCAUUUCAUUUUACUCCUUUUUGAAGCACUCGCUUGUUUUAUCCCACUUUUCAUUUCACAAUCCGGUGCGCGUAUGUUCGCCUUCUGAUCAACUUCGGCAUCUCCCCUCUCUUUCCUCACGACGAAAAGGUCUCCUAGAUCCCGGCUGAUUAUUUUCCUUUGAGAUGCUUAACUGUUCUAACACUCGCCCUCUCUCCACCCUCUUUUAACUUCAGACCGUUAAGCUUGAGCGAACUGAACUGAGGUUGGAAUUUAAAAUAAAGCGGAAAACCCAAAGGGAUACGACGCUCGUCUUUGGAUAAGGACCGCUAUCGCUUUCCCCCUUGUUGCACUUUGGGGAAGAUUCUUCCCAUUUCAGUUGCUCGUCGUUAAUCCAGGUGGCCUUGCUUUGAGUGAACAGGAGGAUUAUUUAGCGUGAUUUGGUGAAGAGAGAAAGAUCCCAGAAGGUUACUUUCAUGUUCUCCAUCCAGGACAGCCUCCCGCGGGGAGCCUUGACCAUGAAAGAGGAACCGCUCACGAGUGGCAUGACACCGGUCCGCUCUUGGAUGCAGAGCGCGGGGAUAUUGGACGCGAACACAGCAGCACAAAGCGGUGUAGGUCUGGCCCGGGCUCACUAUGAAAAACAGCCCCCCUCGAACCUGCGCAAAUCCAACUUCUUCCACUUUGUGUUGGCGCUGUACGACCGACAGGGCCAGCCCGUGGAGAUCGAGAGGACCUCCUACAUAGACUUUGUGGAGAAAGACAAAGAGUACAAUGGAGAGAAGACCAACAACGGCAUCCAUUACAGGCUACAGCUCCUUUACAGUAACGGCAUCAGGACAGAACAAGAUCUGUUUGUACGGUUGAUAGACUCCAUGACCAAAGUGGCGAUCCUCUACGAGGGCCAAGACAAAAACCCAGAGAUGUGCCGCGUCCUUCUCACCCACGAGAUCAUGUGCAGUCGUUGUUGUGACAAGAAGAGCUGUGGAAACCGCAAUGAGACGCCCUCUGACCCGGUCAUCAUUGACAGAUUCUUCCUGAAGUUCUUCCUCAAAUGCAAUCAGAAUUGUUUGAAAAAUGCAGGGAACCCACGAGACAUGAGACGGUUUCAGGUGGUGGUCUCCACUACGGUGAAUGUGGAUGGCCAUGUCCUUGCUGUCUCUGACAACAUGUUUGUCCACAACAACUCCAAACAUGGCCGGAGGGCUCGACGCCUGGACCCCUCUGAAGCAGCUACGCCCUGCAUCAAAGCCAUCAGCCCGAGUGAGGGGUGGACGACCGGGGGAGCCACUGUCAUCAUUAUCGGAGACAACUUCUUUGAUGGACUGCAGGUGGUCUUCGGCACUAUGCUGGUCUGGAGUGAGCUAAUUACCCCCCACGCCAUCCGGGUCCAGACGCCCCCUCGCCACAUCCCAGGGGUCGUGGAGGUCACACUCUCCUACAAAUCCAAGCAGUUCUGCAAAGGGGCGCCAGGGCGGUUUGUCUACACUGCCUUGAAUGAGCCUACCAUCGACUACGGCUUCCAGAGGCUACAGAAAGUCAUCCCCAGACACCCAGGAGAUCCCGAGAGGUUACCUAAGGAAGUGCUGUUAAAGAGAUCAGCAGACUUAGUAGAGGCCCUGUAUGGAAUGCCCCACAAUAAUCAGGAGAUCAUCCUGAAGCGGGCAGCGGACUUGACCGAGGCCCUGUACAGUGUCCCCCGCAGCCACAACCAGCUGCCCUCGCUCAGCGGCUCGGCAGCUCACUCCGGCAUGAUGGGAGUCAACUCCUUCAGCAGCCAGCUGGCAGUCAACAUCUCUGAGGCCUCGCAGGGGGACCAGGGUUACUCCCGUAACUCCAACAGUGUAUCGCCCCGUGGCUACGUCCCCAGCUCCACGCCCCAGCAGUCCAACUACAACACCAUCACGUCCACCAUGAACGGCUACGGAGCGGGCAUGACCAACCUGGGGGUGCCAGGCUCACCCAGCUUCCUCAACGGCUCUGCCGCCAACUCCCCCUAUGCAAGAUCAACCACCUCCCCCUCCUCCUCCUACUCCUCCUCCUCCUCCAUCCCUCUGUUCUCCGGUGGACCCAUAGGCCCUUAUUCAUUCUCUCCUGUCCAUAUGAUCUCUGCAGUCAAACAGAAGAGCGCCUUCGCCCCUGUCGUGCGGCCACAGACCUCCCCGCCCCCCACCUGCACCACCACCAAUGGCAGCAGCCUACAGGCCAUGGCAGGUCUCAUAGUCCCACCUAUGUGAAGAAGACCUUCUGCCAGACAGACCACAUUUCCACUGGCUCACAGAAUCUCUACAACAGAAGCUUAAAGCUCAUCAAUCUCCAAAACAGGACCAUGAAGCCCCUUCACUCCUGGAAGCAGAGCAAACAGCACCACAAAGAAAAUUACAGUAACCGAUAACCCGUAAAAUGUCACUAGAGUAUGUUUGUGUUGGUUCAGUAAUUGAGUUCACCGUCUCCUUCUGUGCUUUGCAUUUUGGGACUUUCCUUGCCCAAUGGAUAGCAUUCCAACAUAUAUAUGUGUGAAGGGUUAGCUCAUCUGAAAAUAUAGCGAAUAAUAAACUGUGGAUUUGAAAGGCAGGUAGUUAAUCCUUGUGGUGUGAGUAUUGUCCUGAGUCCUAAACAAGAAAAGUCAUUUGACUGGAUCUUCUAAUGAACCAAGUUCCUUUUCAGUCAUAUAACCACUGUGAGCAGGGAACGUGGAAAGGCCUACAGUUCAAAACUGUCAGCUAUGGAAAAACUGCAGAAUCCAAGAAUAUCAAACUCUCCGUCAAUUGUCAGACUCAAAUUAGGUGGGAGUUUCAAUGAAAAUUCCCCCCAAUGUCUAUAAAAAAUCCGCUUCAAAAGACCAUUGAUAUCUAAUGUCAAAGUCUAAUAGCAUUUUUGUUUGUGUACCAUAGCUUUUAAUAAUGUGUGUGUUUAUCAUAUUUAAAGGGAAAUGCAGUAAUUUUCUAAUCUAAAGAAAGGGUUGGCAAACAUUCUGCCAAGGAGAGAAAAGCAAAUGUUAUACUAAUAUUUGCCCACUACCAGAGUCAUGCCAGGGCAGCCCAAGGUUGUGAGGUUCAAAGGUUUUGGAUGUCUACCAUUUUUGAAACACAGUACAAAAGAUAUAUUUCCGGGGUGUGUUGAUUGAUAGAUUUUAACCAGAAAUGCUUGCAGCAGUUUUAAUCACAUUUAGGUACCAGAGUUCUUGUUAUUCUUCUGAUUGUGCUUAUUUUGUAUGUAUUUAUAAAGUAUGUUUUGGGAUUCCUUUUGUGAUUUUGGCCUGAAUGAUAGUCUCAAAUAUACAUGUAAACACAUUCGAUGUCUUAAUACCUUUUAGAUAUUGUAAAAAGAUUGAAAAAGGAGAUGAACAACCCUUUUGUAAAAACUAAAAAAGUUGAAACAUGAAAUGGUCACCCUGUCUUUUAAAGCAGGAUAUAUGCUACACCACUUUUGUAUAAAAAUGCAUUUCCGAUACUAUAUUUAACUUUUUUUUUGUACACAGCAUUUGUGUUUCCCCCCUGUUCUUCUUGUCUUUUCUGUGUUACUGUGAAAUGUGUAUUAUCAUGGUUAUUUCUUAAUGCACUAUUUUAGUUGGGGCACUUACAAGAGCAAUGCAUCUUAGCAAGCAAGAAAAACUAAAAGCUAAAGACAAAAGCUAGUACAAAUAUUAACCAAGAUGUUUUUUGGGGGGGAUUCACAUUUUUGUCAUUGUAUCUGAAAUGGAAAGGUCAUUGUCAUGUGAAUGUCUCUAGUUCAAAAACUCUUCUAUCAUAAACCUCUGUUAGUUCAUUGGUUAGAAUUCAACUCCUUUCCCAUGUUAUUUGGACCCAAGCCUACUCCUUGUGUUUUGGUGAGAAUGAAUGUAAUACACAUGCCUGUACGAAUCAGCUGCGAAGUUGAAACCCAAGUAAACCUUCAAUAACUGUCGAAGGACCACUCAAGUGUAGGGUUCAACUCUCUCAAGGAACCUUGAUGUUAGUGUUUUUGGUGGUGGUGGUGGUGUUAUUGCCGUUGCACACAAUCUAUCAUUUACUUAUGCAAUUUGUAUUUACUGUAAUGCAAGUUCUCUCUCCACAUUUCAGUGGAAUGGUUUUGAAACAUAAAAGAACACAAGACAUAAUUGAUGCCUUACAAUAGAACAUGAUCCAACUUAAUGCAUUUUCAUUAUUUUGAUACUCUAAUUAGUGAAUUUGAGUUAUGCUUUUGCAGAUGUUUAAGAAUUAGUUAAAGUUGUCAUUAAUUUGAUGCUUUCGAUUAAUUUAAUAACACAGGCCCAUCAUUUGAGCUGCAGAGGAUGUAGUUUAAACUGGGAUAUGUUGGAGGGCACUUCCUUCUCCAAAUGUCCACAUAUCUUGUUUAAUAGUGGACAAUAGGUGACAAAUCAAUGAUGAGCCUGAUUAAAUCUUUGAUUGUAUGCAAAUUCUGUGCAGUGAUUUCCAUACAUCGGCAAUCAUCGGGUGGCAUCAACUUGUAGUCAUAAUGUGGGCUUGUAAAAAAAAAACGGAAAAAUCUGUUACGCUUCUUUGAAAGCCAUUUUUCAAUUAC